UGGCAAUACUUUUAAUAUGUACGGAAGUGGAGUUGCAAAUGUACGCUGUCAUAUUAUCAUUUAUUUUAUAUGAAAGAAUAUUUUUAUGACACAUUUACGCAGUGUGAAUCAAAAUUAUUGUUUUUUCAGAAGUACUGUUUUGGUCCUGAAUGGGAAACCUUCUUAGACUUUUAUCGAGGGAUGAUACGCCAAAAUAUGAUGUCUUUGUUGAUUUUGAAAAUGCUCAACCAACACAGUUGGAAGAAGAAACAUAUAAUAUUGUUCAUGAAGUUCUGCAGCAUUCCAAGCGGAUUCUUCUAGAAUUGCAACUGUAUCAAGGAGCAGGACAUGCAAUACGUGAAGCUAUAGCAAAACCUCACAAUGAAGAGCUCCAAGUGAGAGCUUGGGAAGCUGUGAUACCAUUAGUGUUAAAACUCAGAGAAUUCUAUGAAUUUUCCCAAAAGCUGGAUGCCAUUGUACCUCGUAUUUUAUGGGAGUUGAGUUCUGGACCUUUAACCCCCACUGAACACCUGAAGAUGCAGCAAGCACUUGUGAAGCAGUUUGCUGAGAUCUUGGAUUUUGUAUUAACAUUUGAUGAUCUAAAAAUGACCAACCCAGCUAUUCAGAAUGAUUUUAGCUAUUACAGAAGAACUGUAAAUAGGCUACGUUUAGCUAAUCAGGAUCCUUCUGAUGAUGAGCUAGAAGUUCCAAAUGAACUGGCUAAUCGUAUGUCUUUAUUUUAUGCACACGCAACUCCAAUGUUAAAAGUUUUAAGUGAUGCAACUACUAGAUUUGUAGCAGAAAAUAAAGAUUUACCAAUAGAAAAUACAACUGAGACAUUAGGUACUAUGGCCAAAGUAUGUCAGAGGAUGAUUGAAAAUCCGGAAUUUUGUUCUCGAUUCCACAGAGAAGAUACAAUACUCUUUGUAUUAAGAGUAAUGGUGGGAUUGAUAAUUCUCUAUGAUCAUGUGCAUCCAGUGGGUGCUUUUAGUCGAAAUGCUCAUAUAGAUGUAAAAGGUUGUAUCAAAGUAUUGAAAGAUCAGCCAACAAAUGUUGUGGAAGGUCUCUUGAAUGCUUUAAGGUACACCACAAAGCAUUUAAAUGAUGAAGCCACACCUAGACAUAUAAAGAGCUUACUUGUGUGAGACCAAAGUGAAUGUCUGGUCAUACUAGAAUUAGUUUAUUCUUCGAGAAUAUUUCUGAUAUGAUUGCUUGUGUCAUAAGAAUAUUUUGUCAGCUUUUGCAUAUGUGUAAUAAUUGUUUUAUUCAUAUAUUGUUUAUUUUUUUAUGUGUGUGUAUAAAAGUAUGGAAUUUAAAUUUUGUUGAGUAUAAAUUUGAGGCUUUUCUUUUAGUGGGUACAAAAAUAAAAGAUUUCGUUUUGUCGAAGUAAGCAUUUAACCUACUAUGGAGAAUAGUGUGUGAAAAAUUUUUGAAAAAGAUAAGUUCUCAUACCCUAUCUGAAUCUAUUUUGGGGUCAAAAUUAACUGAAUUUUAUUUCUUAUAAAUAAUAUCUCAGUCCUGUACUGGAGCUGAUAAAAUAAAAACACUUUUUUGGGGGGAGGAGGAGGUAAAUGUAAUCAAAUAUUUUUUCUUAAUUACUUAAAAAAAAUUAUUUGUGAAAACAUAUACGUAUAAUUUUAUGUAACAUGACAUCACAUCAAUUUAGAUUCUGUAGCAAAUUUCAUACUGCAAAUUCUGCAUAAUUCUUAAUUCACCCACUAAUUGUUAAGUGUCAGAUCCCUUAUUUGGAAUUUUUUAAUAUUAAUCCAGUGAAUUUUUGUGUGUGUGUGUGAAAUAUUUGUUAUAAUUAAAUAGUAUGAAAAAGUUAUAUUCCAAUACUGAUUUAGUUUUUUAAAAGAGACUAUAGAGAAAAGUAUUUUUCAGUAUAGCCUCAAAUUUUUUGUUAUCUUUUUUAACAUUUUGUUAAAGUACUUUAAAUAUUUUUGUUACCCAUGUG